AUGAAUUUUCCGGGCAUUCGGUCUUGGUAUACUCGCUCGGAACAGGAAGCCAUUUACCAAAACAGGUCCGCAGAAAUCAUUCAGAGUACUGUUGGAAAUGAGUCAAUAAUAGACUAUUCUUACAUAAAAGCCAUGGUUGGUUCACCUGGAAAAGUAACUGCAAUCUGGCUUGAGCUCAGUGAUGUAGUUGAAUCUGGCCACUUUACAGUUAAUUGUUCCGGGGUAAUUGAUGCUUCUACCGACUUUCUCGUUUUGAGCAAAGAAGACGCUCUCCUGGAGAUAAUCGGUGACUUAGAUGACACGUUGCCUCAGGGGGCCUUAGUUACUUUGUCCUGUCAAUUCAAAUCGCUUUCUAUGCCCUCCAUUUUGAGAUCUUCUAUUAGGUUGAGUGUAAAGCUGUCCAAAUGGCCAGGAAAUCAGAGCUCGAGCGAAAGUGGAGUCGCCUUUACCUUGAGAGGAUUAAAGAUCAGUAAAAAUGCCAUACUCGGCCGAUACACUAUAGAUUGUGAAAUUUAUGGAUUGGAAGAGGACAAUUACAUAACUGCGAUGCACUCUUUCAAUGUGGUCAGUAAGUAG